GAAGAGAAGCGAGUUUCUUAGGGGGCCGGCCAUCUUGUGUGGGCAGCAAGCGAGCGCGGAGGGGGUGGGCCAGGGGCCUGGGCAGCAUCGGAGGAGGAUCCCACCGAGAGGGGCCCAUCAUGCCCGGACACCUGCAGGAAGGCUUCGGUUGCGUCGUCACCAACCGCUUUGACCAGCUCUUGGACGACGAAUCCGACCCCUUCGAGGUGAUCCAGGCGGCCGAGAGCCGCAAGAAAGAGAGCGGCGGCGGAGGGGGAGGCGGCGGCGGAGGGGGCCAUCAGGGCGGCCGCGGCGGUGGCGGCGGGCAGGCGGCCCAGGCCAACUCCUCCUCAAGCAGCGGGUCGGGCCAGCCCGGCUCCGGCGGCGGGAGCGGCAGCGCGGCCAAGCAGCUGCGCAGGGAGUCUCAGAAGGAGCGCAAAAACCCUCUGCCGCCCUUCGCCUCCUCCUCCUCUGGGCCUGGCGCCGCCGGCGACCGAAGAGAGGAUGGCGGCGGUGGCGGGCAGCCUGGCUCCGCGCCCCUCAGGAAGGAAGGGAUAAGGCGAAUUGGCAGAAGGCCUGAUCAACAGCAGCCUCAGGGAGAAGGCAAGCCUAUUGAGAGGAGGCAAGAGAGACGGCCUCCUCGUGAACGCAGGUUUGACAAACCUGCUGAAGAAAAGGGUGAAGGAGGAGAAUUUUCUGUUGAUAAACCCAUUAUUGAUCGUCCAAUGCGUGGCCGUGGUGGACCAGGUGGAAGAGGGGGCCGUGGUGGCAGAGGACGUGGCAUGGGCAGAGGAGAUGGUUUUGACUCCCGAGGCAAACGUGAAUUUGAUAGGCAUAGUGGAAGCGACAGAUCUUCUCUUUCACAUUCACAUUUCAGUGGUCUAAAGCAUGAGGACAAGCGUGGUGGAAGUGGAUCGCACAACUGGGGAACUGUCAAAGAUGAACUAACUGAUUUGGAUCAAUCAAAUGUGACAGAGGAAACACCAGAGGGGGAGGAGCAUCCACCUGCCGACUCAGAGAAUAAAGAGAAUGAAGUAGAAGAAGUCAAGGAAGAAGGUCCUAAGGAAAUGACUCUGGAUGAAUGGAAAGCUAUUCAAAAUAAAGAUCGUGCAAAAGUUGAAUUCAACAUCCGUAAACCAAAUGAAGGUGCUGAUGGACAAUGGAAAAAAGGUUUUGUUCUUCAUAAGUCAAAGAGUGAGGAGACAAAGGGGGUGACAGAGAUGCAAGGGAGUCAGAUGGAAUCCAAUGAGUCUCAUGCUGAAGACUCUGCAAUGGAUCAUCACUUCCGCAAGCCAGCAAAUGAUAUCACAUCUCAGCUGGAAAUCAAUUUUGGAGAUCUUGGUCGUCCUGGGCGUGGUGGCAGAGGUGGAAGAGGAGGACGUGGACGCGGGGGAAGAGCUAAUCGUGGAAGCAGAACUGACAAGUUGGUUAAGGAGUUUGAUGUGAUCCACACACCCAGCCAGUCAAGUGCUUCUGCUCCUGAUGUUGAUGACCCAGAAGCUUUCCCAGCUCUGUCCUAAACUGGAUGCCCUAAGCCACCCCUGCCCCUUGUUGGGCCCUCCUCUACAAGGCUUGCAUGCUUAAGGAUCCUAAAAACAACUUAAGAAAUUAAAAAGGGGACUCUCAUUCAUACCAUUCACACCUGAAGACUGAAUUUUACCUGUUUUGAAAAUGAACUUCUCUUGCUACACAGAAGCAACAAUAUGGUAGUCAGUUUUGUAUUUAGAAAUGUAAUGGUAGCAGGGAUGUUUUCAUAAUUUUUUUCAGAAAUUAUGCAUUCUUCAUGGAUACUUUUUUGUAUUGCUGCUUGAAAAUAUGCGUUUCCAAACUUGAAAUAUAGGUGUGAACAGUGUGUACCAGUUAAAGCUUUCACUUCAUUUGUUUUUAUUUUUUUAAGUUAGGUUUUUAGAUGUUUUUCCCCGAACUACAAACAAUUUAACUCUUGCACACUCUUUUAAUACUGCUUAGCAGAUUGUUUUCAGUCCACAGUCAGCUGGGAUAUGUACAAAAAUAAUUUGGAAAAUUGUUAGUACUGUGUGGAAUACUAACUUCUGAAGUAUUUUAAGUUUUUAAUACUUAAAUUCAAACUUGGAAAAGUCAAUUUUCUUCUAUCUUUGGUAGUUUGUGUAUUCAAAGUCUUUAUACAAAAUUGAUAUCAGAUACUUGAAAAAUAGUCAAAGCACAUUGGUUUUUACUCAAAUACCUUCUUAUGAAUCCAGCAGCUCUGUUUGGAUAAUUGGUCUAAGCCAUUUAAAAAAACUUGGUGUUACACCUCUCAUAUACACCUCUUUUAUCUUACUCCCUUUUUUUCUUCAACAAAACUAGUUGUUUGUUUGGUAAACUUUGUUUAAACUUGUUAAUAUUGUUGCUACCAAAAAUACUUUGUAGACUGGAGCAACUUUUUUUUUCAAAACAUGGGAGGUUGGGGAGCGGCAUCUAUUUCUAAUACAGUUCGUUUAAACUACA